AUGAUUGUUACAAGCCUAGUCUCAGCAGUUACAACCAACUACGAAAAUAUAACAUUGGAACCAACUACAGAAAACACCAGGGGGGAUGAUUGGCAUAAGUUUUCAAAUGGAUCGUACAAGUUGUUUCUGAGUCAUGUUACUUAUGAAGCAGCAAAAAAAGGUUGCAGGAAUGUAAAUGCAAGAUUGGUAACUGAGGGAAUAAGAAAUGAAGUCACCCGCAAAAGCAUUGUGGAUGAAAUGAUACUUCCAGUUUUCAAAGCAAAUAAACUUGGAGCUGUUUAUAGAGUGUGGAUAGGAUUGGAUGACCAGCAAGAACCAAUCAACACAUGGAAAUGGAUUGAUGGUAUUGCAUCGACAAAUGAUAACACUGCUUGGGCUCCUGGUGAACCAAACACCGGGAGGGAUGAUUGGCAUAAGUUUUCAAAUGGAUCGUACAAGUUGUUUCUGAGUAAUGUUACUUAUGAAGCAGCAAUAAAAGGUUGCAGGAAUGUAAAUGCAAGAUUGGUAACUGAGGGAAUGAGAAAUGAAUUCACCCGCAAAAGCAUUAUGGAUGAAAUGAUACUUCCCGCUUUUCACGCAAAUAAACUUGAAUCUGUUUAUGGAGUGUGGAUAGGAUUGGAUGACCUGGAAGUAAUCAACAAAUGGGAAUGGAUCGACGGUAUUACGUCGACAAAUGAUAACACUGCUUGGGCUCCUAGUGAACCAAAUAAUGCAAGUGAAAGAAGCAUUAUGGAUGAAAUGAUACUUCCCGCUUUUCACGCAAAUAAACUUGAAUCUGUUUAUGGAGUGUGGAUAGGAUUGGAUGACCUGGAAGUAAUCAACAAAUGGGAAUGGAUUGACGGUAUUGCAUCGACAAAUGAUAAUACUGCUUGGGCUCCCAGUGAACCAAAUAAUGCAAGUGAAAAAUGUGGAAUGCUGCAUAAACUAUUAAAGUGGUUGAUCAAUGAUGAGUAUUGUUUGGUUGCCAAUGCAUAUGUUUGCAAAAGAGCAAAAAGCUCUGGAUGGGAUGAUUGGCAUCACUUUUCAGCUGGAUCGUACAAGUUGUUUCCAACUGAGGUUAAUUAUGAAGCAGCAAAAAAUGGUUGCAGAAAUGCAAAUGCAAGAUUGGUAACUGAGGGAAUAAGGAAUAAAGUCACCCGCAAAAGCAUUAUGGAUGAAAUGAUACUUCCCGCUUUUCACGCAAAUAAACUUGGAUCUGUUUAUGGAGUGUGGAUAGGAUUGGAUGACCUGGAAGUAAUCAACAAAUGGGAAUGGAUCGACGGUAUUGCGUCGACAAAUGAUAACACUGCUUGGGCUCCCAGUGAACCAAAUAAUGCAAGUGAAAGAUGUGGAAUGCUGCAUAAACUAUUAAAGUGGUUAAUCAAUGAUGAGUAUUGUUUUGAUGCCAAUGCAUAUGUUUGCGAAAUAGCAAAAAGUAAAUGA